GGGAGAUUCGGACUUGCCGAGAGUCGGUGGGGCGCAGUCGAAGCUGGGCUGGGCCUGCCCUGGGAGAACGCUGGCCGGGCCCGGGAGGCUGCUGAUUCGACGUGAGGCUGCGCCAUCCGGUCGCUGCCGGCCCCGGUGGAAGUUCGGUCUCGCUGCGAUCCGGUGAGGGAGAGCCGCGGCGCUGUUUCCCAGUCCUGAUCCGGCCGGCGUCUGCGGGCGGGCGGCCAGCGCUCGCCGAUCCGUGCUGCGGCUGCAGGGUUUUGCAGGGCCUGUGGCGGGGAGCUGCUCUGUCCCGAGGCGUCCCCGAGAGCCGGUUCCCGGGGCGGCAGGGAAGAGCGAGCGGGAGCUGGACCCACAGGAUCAGUAGACGCCUGUUGGAGCUCGGCAGCAGCCGCCACUGAGCCACCAGAGCCCCGCGUCAGCCCAGCGCCCCGGCCUGUCCCGCCCGCUCCGCUGGACACGAACGCUUACGGAGAGGAGCGGGCAGGCUCCGGCGGUGCUCGGGGACGGGACCGGAGCUGAUGGGUGCAAACUGACGCAGGAGAGGUCCUUCAGCGUGGGGAAGCAAGCACUGUCACAGGCUGCCCGGGGAGGCUGUGGAGCUUCCAAACACGGUCCUGGUCAACUUGCUGUUGCUACUUGAGCAGGUGUUUGGACAAGGUCCUGCUAGCAGCCAGUCCUUGAGGAGCUGACUCCCAGGGGCUCUUGGACACUACUGGGUGCUUUGGAGUCUCAUGCCAGCCCUAUGUAUGCAGGACAAGGCUGGAGAUGGGGUGGUUGUAAGCACAUUGGCACUUGCCAUGCACUCGUCAGGCUCAGUGGACAGCAGCUUCUCGCGCUUGGCAGUGCAGACCCUGUCCCGGAGCCACUGCCGCAACAUCAAACAGAAGAUCUCCCAGUGGGAGGGGAGGACACGAGGGUGCCCCAGCAAGGAGAAACAGCAGCUGAAGGACUUUGGAGUAAAGUAUGAUCCCAGCUGUGAUAUUCUACCUAAAGUGAAGCCAGAACAUACAGAGAAGGGCAGAAAGACUGGAUCCAAAGAUCCAAAGAGCCUGGGCUUGGACUUCAGGGAAGAUGCAUGGAGCUACUUGCAGACUGAUGAGAGUGGAGACCUUAAGCCCUGUGCAUGCAGCGUAGCUUCCCAAGCCAAGGAGAAAGGAGGACAGCAUGCAGGCUUCCUGGAUCCAGGGACAAUGUCGCCCCUAGAGAACUCCUAUACCUCACAGGCUCUAUGGAAUGGAGUAGAUUCCCUUGUGCCUGGCAAAGCUGCACCAAUUCCCUUGGGUCUUCGGAGGAAGCAAGUGAGCUGUAGCUCCACGGAAAGAGAACUUACAGGAGCUGACUGUCUCUGCAGGGCAGAGAGAAGCUUGAAGAACAUUUACUCUGAGGCUGAGGGGCAAGAGAAGAAGUCAGCUGCUGUUCCACCACCCAAGCCCCAAAGGACUUUCCACUACCUUGCAGAAAAGGGUGCUGGUAGCUGUAGCAAUGGCAGUGCCACCAGGGGAGCUCCCCUGCAAAAGCAGCAUGGAGGAAACUUGGUGUCAUCCUCCAACAGCCCUGAGAAGAAAAUAGCCAUCAGGAGGAUCAGAGGGAGAACCCAGAGGAAAUCUUUUGAGUUUGAGGACAUCCAAGGCUUCCGCAAGCGUAUGGCAGCCACCAACUCCCACAGGCUUCCAGAAGAGACAAAUGACACUACAGGAUCCAGGCUUGUCUACACACAGUCAGAAGACAACAUCUACGAGGACAUUAUCUGUCCUGCCAGAGAGAGCCCCUAUGAAGAUAUCGGAGUGCUGCCCUUGUGGAAGGUGCCAUCAGUCUGGAAGCUACCACCCCCCCGGGGAGUCAGCAGGGCUCCAAAGCCUCCCCCAAAACUCCCCUUCCUGAGUCGCAAGACUCUUGAUGUAAAGCCCUCACAGACAAGUUUCCAAGGGAAGGUGAAGGAGACAAGCUUGCCUGUCACACUGACUGAGUGGAAGCUGUUCCGAGCUGUAGAGGCUGCUAGCAGGAGAAAGAACUUGCCCUGGCUGGUACUGAAAAUACAGGAGAUCUUUGAUUCUAAGCGUGGAAAGAAGCGGCUGAAGUUGCUCAGUCCAGCUGGGAGAGAAGCACCUCCUGUGAAAGGUGAAACCAGUGGGAAUGAAAGUGAUACAGAGAAGCAGCCAAAAAGUCGACACAAGUGCCUGCUGCAGGUGCAGUCAGCCUCCAAGAGGAACCCACACUACCAGACCUUGGAGAGGGAUUUGAUAGAGCUUCAGGAGCAGCAACUGUUUGAGCUGUUUGUGGUGGUGUCGCUGCACAAGAAGGCAUCUGACAUGACAUACACACCACAGAUCAUACAGCAGUUUCCCAGCAAGCCUGAACACCCCUUCAAACAGUCAAAGGAUAUGGAAGAGAGGCUAAAGGUCAUUCCCAAAUUCUGCUUUCCAGAUCCCAAAGACUGGUUUCCUGCAUCAGACCUUAAAAGUGAAACGUUUUCUUUUGUGUUGACUGGUGAGGAUGGCAGCCGCUGGUUUGGGUACUGCAAGAAGCUCCUGCCAGAAGGGAAAGGGAAGCGCCUUCCUGAGGUGUACUGCAUCGUGAGCCGCCUGGGCUGCUUCAACCUCUUCUCCAAGAUUUUAGAUGAAGUGGAGAAGAGGAGAGAGAUGUCCCCAGCCCUGGUGCACCCCUUCAUGCGCAGCGUGAUGGAGGCACCUUUCCCUGCACCUGGACGCACCAUUGCUGUGAGGAGCUUCCUGCCAGGAGCAGGAGAUGAGGUGAUGGAACUCUGCCGUCCGCUGGACUCUCGGCUGGAGCACGUUGACUUCGAAUGCCUGUUGCAGUGUCUAAGUGUCUCUCACACAGUUCGGGUCUUUGCCUCUCUCCUGUUGGAAAGGAGGGUCAUCUUUGUAGCUGACAACUUAAGCACUCUGUCUAAGUGUGGGCACGCCGCAGUUGCAACGCUUUAUCCCUUCACUUGGCAGCACACCUACGUACCAGUCCUGCCAGCUUCUAUGAUUGACAUUGUGUGCUCUCCAACUCCAUUCCUAAUUGGCAUUCUCUCCUGCUCAUUACCACAGCUCCGGGACCUGCCCAUAGAAGAGGUUCUGAUUGUUGAUCUUUGUGCUGACAAGUUCUUGCAAGAGGUAUCAGAUGAAGAUGAGAUCCUGCCUCAUAAACUCCAAGCUGCUCUUGUACAAGUCUUGGAAGAACGAAGUGAAAUCUUGGCACGUGAGCAGAGUGAUGCACAAGGUGACACGCCUCUGAACUCCCUGGUCUCUGAAGCCUUUGUGCAGUUCUUCGUGGAGAUCGUCGGGCACUACUCCCUGCACAUGAACGUCACAGAAAGAGGGCAGAGGGUGUUUCAGAGGGAGCCCUUCCGCAAGUCCCACGCCUCGCGCACCGUGCGCCACUUCCUGCACUUCUUCAUGGAAACGCAGAUGUUCGCAGGCUUCAUACAGGACCGGGAGCUAAGCAAGAACGUGGCCAAAGGCCUUUUUGAGGUUCGUGCCUUGGAGUAUUUGGAGAGUAUUCCAGAGACAGAGCCAAGUGGAAUGAACAAAAUUCUUCGCAGCCUUGGGAGUAAGAUGCGGUUUCUGCAGAAGAAGUGACCGCGCGCAGCUGCGGGACAGCGGAGCGGAGCUGGACUCCUUCGUGCCUCUGCGGGGCACUGCGUGCUGCUGCUGCCGUCGCUAAUAACCGGCCGCUGGCCCCAACUC